GUUUCCCAUCUGCCCCACCCGUUGGGAGAGCCGCUCUAGGAGACUGCUCGUUUCUCUUGGGCGUUUCCCUGGCUCCGUUGCACGUGCAUCUUUUGUUCUAUGGCGUCCGCCUCGGCUCAAGCUGCAGCGUUGAGUGCCGAGCAGGCCAAGGUGGUUCUGGCCGAGGUGAUCCAGGCGUUCUCGGCCCCGGAGAACGCCGUGCGCAUGGACGAGGCUCGGGACAACGCGUGCAACGACAUGGGCAAGAUGUUGCAAUUCGUGCUGCCCGUUGCCACGCAGAUUCAGCAGGAGGUUAUCAAAGCUUAUGGCUUCAGCUGCGACGGGGAAGGUGUCCUUAAGUUUGCCCGCUUGGUCAAGUCUUACGAGGCCCAGGAUCCCGAGAUUGCCAGCCUGUCGGGCAAGCUGAAGGCGCUGUUCCUGCCGCCCAUGACCCUGCCGCCCCACGGGCCUGCUUCGGGUGGCAGUGUGGCCGCCUCCUGAGGGUUGGCCCUCCCGUGGCACUGCUGGGGAAGGGAAGACCUUGGUGUUCCGGAGGAUAUAAAUGUGCCUAUGACUUA